AUGAUUUCACAAUUGUUAUUACCAUUUCAAAAUAUUUUUAUGUAUGUUUUAACUGGUAAAUCAUUAUUAGAACGAAUUAUUGCAAAUCGUAAAUUACCAUUUCCAUUACGUGUUUAUCAAAUUAAAAAUUCAAUUAAUUUUACAUCAACAAAAAAUCUUAAUUAUGAAAUUCAACAAGCAAAAAUUGAGAAAAAGAAAUCUUUAGUAUAUGAUCAAUUAUAUACUGUUAUACAUAAAUUAGAAUUAUAUCAACAAUUAAUUAAACAAAUAGAUGAUAUAAGAAACAUAAAAGUAACAUCAACUGAAACUGAACAUCUUGAAUUAUUUGAAAAAAUAUGGUCACGUCUUGUUAUUCAAUCACAUAAUGAUCAUGAACAAAUGAAUAUGAUAUCAAAGCGUUGGACUAAAAUUGGUUUUCAAGUAUAA